AUGGGUGGCAUCUCGUCAAGUUUACUAGUGUUUUUGGGUGUGUUAGUGGGCGUGAUGGCUCAGCAAGACGUCCUCCAGGCUUCCCGUGUAUUAGAUAAGAUUCUCGUCGCGAACGAUGACGGCUGGGCAGUCGCGCAGAUUCGUGCAGAGUACGACGCGUUGAAGGCUGCUGGGUAUAAUGUAAUUCUCUCUGCGCCUGCUGAGAACCAGUCUGGUCGUGGAGCGUUGCAAGUAUCUGCUACGCCACGAACCGAACCCUGCGAGUUCGACUCUUGUCCAGCCAAUUCGGGGCCUACAGGGUUCAAUGCGAGUGAUCCUCGUUUGAACUGGAUCAAUGCGUUCCCUGCCGAUGCAGCCCAGUUUGGCAUCGAAGUCGUGGCGCCACGGUUCUUCGGUGGACCACCAGACCUCGUUGUCAGCGGUCCAAACGUCGGAUCCAACAUCGGAUUGCAAGUGUUCUUUUCUGGCACAGUCGGCGCCGCAGGCAAAGCCGUACAUCUCGGCGUGCCCGCUAUCGCCUUCUCCAGCGUGGACGGUAGUACAGCACAGGAAGCAUGGACGGUGCCCACAUCGCCCACUGUGCUGAGUGCCGAGACAUACGCCACGCUGACGACGAAACUGCUUGCGGUGCUGUUCAGUCAGCCUCCUGCGUCUCCACCGUUGCUGCCUGCUGGAAUCGUGCUCAACGUGAACUUCCCCGCGACGUCGGACACUUGCACAGCGGAUACCAUGCAAUGGGUCUUGACUCGAGUAUUCUCCGUAUUCUUCGAAUCGCCGGACGUUGUGACUUGUAAAAACGGUGGUAGAUUGCCGAAGGAGGGUGAUGUAGUCGCUGCAGGAUGUUUGGCCAGUGUUAGCGUGAUUGACGCAACAACGAAAUUGGAUGCAAGCAGUGGCAUACAGGCGGACGUACUGCAGAGACUCGAUGGCCUCGGUUUUGUGUGCUUCCCUAAUUAGUAGUAGAUGGUUAAUAAAGUCUGCAUGCAGAU